UUAACGUAAUAACUCCAAAAGAGGAUUAAAUUCUAUAUGGAUCUGCAUAAUCCAGGCAUUUUGUGAAAACGUUAUUUAUAAUUAUAAAGCAGGAAUAGUGUAUGUGGGUUGCUAGAUAGGAAGCAUCCUGUUUGAUAGGGAACAUCAAGGCAGAUAGAUAAUGGUUAACAAAAUUCAGUUUCCUUUGAACCAGCGUACCAUCACUGGUUUUAAGAUCAAUUUUUCUUCGUUCCUCGAGUUUCAAACGGAUAAUGAUGACGGUUACACUACUUUUUCUUGUCACUUUACUGAACGAGUGCUUUGGGCAAAUAAUCGAUAUCGGCAGUGUUUGGGAAGUAAAAUGUCCACAAGGAUGUUCUUGUGAGGUUCAGAGAUUUGCCGAUUUGCCUUUACAUCGAUGGAUUCGAACGAGUCAAGAUCAGAACUUAUCCAAUGAUGCUGAUUUUGAACUUGGUUUAAACAUGGAUCAUACUAUGAUUACGGAAUUUUUGAAAGUAGCAAUCUGCGUUGUUGCUGAAGAUUAUGAAGAACUUUUAGAUAAACUUCCCUCAGACAUACAGAUUUUUACAAUACUCGAGUCUGGCAUUGGAGAUUUUGAGAUUCUUUUACAAUCUACAACAUUUCAACGUUUUACAGACCUGAUAUCCUUAGAUAUACAAGGCAUUGAUUACAAUGAACCAGGGCGAAAGAAUCUAAGCAAUGAGCAAAGAAAACAAGGUGGAAUUAUAUUAUCCGUCGAUUCUUUGUAUUCGUUAGGUUUAAAUCUCCUUUACUUGAAUUUGGAACGAGUGAAAUUAACCAGUCUGAGUCCAACAAAAAAAAACAAAGCCAACCUCGUAAUUAAACCAAUGAAUACAAUGACCGAUGAUGAGAACAGGAAUGAACAAUUGUUAAAUACAGGACACAGAUUAAUAUUUUUAAGUCAACAAAAUAGUGGAGAAAAUUAUGACAAGGAAAUACUUCCUUACGACAUUUAUAAACAAGAAAUGGAGGGUUACAAAGAAACUGUUGGGCUUUUUACUGGUUUAGGAGCUUUAACCCAUUUAAGAGUUUAUGAUUGUGCUUUGAAAGAUAUAUCCUGGCACAUGUUUGAUGGUUUGGAUAGCCUUGUCCAUCUCUCAUUACAAAAAAAUAGCCUAAAGUUUAUUCCAGAAUUUUGUUUUUAUGGCACACCUAAUUUGAAAGUGCUUUCGCUUGCAAGCAAUCAGUUGUUAACGCUUAAAAGUAUCGACUUAGCUGGUUUACUAAUGCUCAAAGAUCUUGAUUUAAGAGGGAAUAAUUUAACAUUCUUGUCAGAAUUAUCUUUCCCACCCUUUCCAAUGCUGAAGUCUGCAGAUUUUCGAGAAAAUCCUCUGGAUUCCGUAUUCCCAAGUACUUUUGAAAUUAUGAACACAACACUGAGGCUAUAUCUGGGUGGUGAGGAUUCAAAACUAUAUUUGCAAAAGAAUUCUUUUCUUGGAUUACGUCAACUUCAAAUCCUACAUUUAUACAAUGUAGAAAUACCCGUUUUGGAGCGUUUUGUGUUUCAAGGAAUGCCAGAGUUGCUAGAAUUAAAAACAUGCGGGAAUAUUUCAAGUAUAGAAUUUGAUGCAUUUGUAGAUUUAAUCAAGUUGCUAGAUCUUGAUCUGAGUUAUUGUCAUAUUCGUAAGAUAUCUAUGGAUGCUUUUUAUGGAUUAGAAAAUAUUAAGCGCAUAGAUUUGUCCAAUAAUGAACUGGAAUUUAUUCCACCUGGUUUAUUUGGGGUGCAACAACAAAAGGAGCUUAAAGAGAUCAUCCUUUCGAAAAAUAAAUUGACCUCGUUACCUCUGGAUUUUUUCAAAACGUUGCGCGUUCCAAAUAAACAAUCGCAAUUAACAAUUGUAAGACUAGAUGGAAAUCCAUGGGACUGCACUUGUUCUAUGACUACAUGGAAUCCUCAAUUGGUAAAUAGAUUGCGAGAAACAGCACCACGAUGCUCGACACCAAAAAGGUUGAAAAAUUGGGGAAUUUUUCAUGCAUUGCGCAAAGGUGGUUUACAAUGCAGAACUUUAAAAAGAAAACAUUUAAAAAAAUCUUUAAUGGGAAGAAACUAUUACGAAGAUAACAAUAUCAUCAGUUAG